AUGAAUGAUAUUGGCCAACCUUUAGUUGUUGCCAUGGUGAGAACCAGAGAUGCUAGUAGUAGUAGAGCUAGAACUCCAGGGUAUAAGAGAGUUUCAGAAGUAGAAAAAGUAGUUUGUGCAUCCUUUAUACUACGAGGUAGUGCUGGACACUGGUGGGAUACGAUGAGUAGUAUUGAAGAUGUAAAUACCUUGACUUGGGAUAGAUUUAAAGAGUUAUUCUGUAAUAAAUAUUUUAUAGCCCCAGUUCGAACCAUGAAGAUGAAUGAAUUUAUACAGCUAAGACAAAGAAGGAUGACAGUGGGAGAGUAUAUUCGUAAAUUUGAACAACUAUCCACGUUUGCUACCCACAUGAUUAAUACUAAGGCACUAAAGGUAGAAAGAUUUCUUGAGGGGCUAAGACCAAAACUAUAUAGAGAUGUAAGCAUGGCAAGAAUCCAAGAUGUUUCAUAUUCUCAAAAUUGCGGAGAGAGCCUUAGUUUCAGAACAAGCCAAACAAAGGAUUAG